AUGGCGACGACUACAAUAACCACAACAACAGCAUCCGCCUCCACCUCCGGCGUCGAACUAACACCGCUCCCGCCCCAUCUGAACCACAAACCCUCCCUGGUGACCCCUUCCGAGACAGAAAAUGAGAAUGACAGCGGUGAUGACCCGGUCCUCCAAGCCUCCCGCCUCGCCGACUCCGCCGUCCCGGAAGGCGGCUACGGCUGGGUCGUGGUGACGGGCUGCUUCAUCAUCGCCUGGUGGAUCAUCGGCACCGCGUACUCAUGGGGCGUGAUCCAAAGUGCCCUAGUCGACGAGGGCCUCUCGACCCCAGCCGUUCUCUCCUUCGUCGGAUCCCUGGCGACUGCUCUCAUCUCGGCGCUGGCCAUCAUCAACUCACGCGUCAUACGGCGGUUCGGGCCGCGUAGGACGGGGCUCAUGGGCAUGGCUCUCAUCGGCCUGAGUGAGCUACUGAGCAGCUUCGCGGUGAAGAAUAUCGGCGCGUUGUUUGCGACGAGUGGUGUCAUGAUGGGCCUGGGCGUCAGCUUGUGCUUCUCAAUCGUCUCAGUCAUCCCGGCGCAGUAUUUCAGCCGUAAACGCGGCCUUGCCAACGGCAUCGUCUUCGCUGGCGGUGGUCUCGGCGGUGCCGUCAACAGCUUCGCCCUGGACGCUCUCCUCCAGCGCCUCGGUCCAGCCUGGGCAUACCGAGUCCUUGCUCUCAUGACCUUGGCCACCGGUCUGCCCGCUGCAUGGCUCGUCAAAGAACGCGUUCCCGUUCGAAGCUCCGGCUUCGUCGAAUGGCGUCUCUUCAAAUCCUUCACCUUCCUCGUCAUCUUCCUCGCCGGAGCAGUCGGAACCUUCCCGCUCUUCGUCCCGCCUUUCUUCAUGCCUCUUUACUCCAAAUCCAUCGGCCUCUCGUCCUCGACGGGAGCCGGCCUGGUGGCAGGCUUCAACUUUGCCUCGGCCAUAGGCCGUAUCUGCUGCGGCGUCUGCUGCGACAAGCUCGGCGCACUCAACGUGCUUUUCGUCUCCAUGGCCCUGUCGGCAGUGAGCAUGCUUGCCAUCUGGCCCUCUUCGACAACGCUUGGUCCUAUGAUUGUCUUUGUCAUCGUGAACGGCAUCUCCAACGGUGGCUUCUUCUCCACGAUGCCCACUGUCGUCGGUAACGUGUUCGGUUCGGCCCGCGUGUCCGUUGCGAUGGGUAUGAUCGUGACGGGAUGGGCCGGAGGGUAUCUCAUGGGCGCGCCCAUCGCCGGUUAUCUCUUAGAGGCGUACGGAGGUGCCGAUAAAGGUCUCCAAGCGUAUCGGCCUGCUAUGUUCUACGCCGGAUCGCUGUCAUUGGCAUCCGCUAUCCUUGUUGCCAUGGUCAGGUUCCGCAUGAACAAGAGCAUCAUGGCCAAACUUUGA